AUGAGCAAACUCAACCAAAUGGACCAAUACCUGGAGGGGUUCCGAAUCGAGGCCACCAGGAAUCAGCAGGAUGGCAGUAAAAUGUUCAUCGGGGGCCUCUCCGGGAAUGUCAGUAAGCAAGGCCUUCUUGACUACCUCAGCCAGUUUGGCGAGGUCGUAGAUUUCAUUAUUAAAAUCCACCCAGGCACUGGCCUAUCCAGGGGGUUUGGUUUUGUGCUUUUCAAAGAUAGUGCCACUGUUGAAAAGGUGCUCCAAGUCAAAGAGCACAAACUGGAUGGCAAGACGAUCCAGCUGAGAAGGGCUAAAGCCGUAGUAUCGAGAUUCCCUCCCAAAAAGGUUUUUGUGGGAGGGCUGAACCCUCGUCUGUCUGAAGAAAAAAUCAGACAGUACUUUGGGACGUUCGGAGUGAUUCAGGAUAUCAAGCUUCCAGUGAAUUCCAGAACAAAUGAAAGACGAGCUUUCUGUUUUAUCACGUAUGCUGAUGAAAAGGCAGUGAGGAAGCUGUUAGAAACCAGGUACCAUCGAAUUGGCUCCAGGCGGUGUGAAGUUAAAAUCGCAUUCCCAAAGGAAUAUAAGAGGCUGCAACAGCUGGGAGGAAGAAAUGCUCUGUUUGCCACGCUGAGCAGCUCCCGGGAUGGAAGAGGCGUCCGGGCAGACCCAAGCGCUUGCGGAGCAAACCAAAAUGUUGGCGGGGCCUUUGGAGGCGGCGAAACCUGCAACCAAGGGUUUAAUUUUUCUGAUCAAAUCUACGGCAAUUUCCAGCAUGCCUAUACUAACCAGCCAAUUUUUAAUAGCUACGGUGGAGAGUAUUUGCUUGGUUACAACUACGGGACUUACGCAUUCGGGACUACAUUCACUAAUUACACUGUGCAAAUAAACGAGGCAGCUCCCUUUGGUCCUGGUUACCAGGGGAUCUAUCAGCCGUUCUGA